CAACCAAGCUGCCAUAACAUCAAUGGCCUCUUGACUGCAGGCAAAUUGAAUACUGGAGAUGAUAGUGCUUAUGCCGAUGGUAAUGAGUUUAGUCAUAUUGUUGAUGAGGAUGGAAAUUACGCCAUAAAAUUCGGAGUAGAGUCUAGCACAAGAGCUAGACAGCAGAUUGGAAUAGAUCCGUUCCACUCUUUCCCAAUAUCGGGGCCCAAACAAGUGGCCGGGCAUAAGAUGUUGCAGCUACGACUAUAUUCUACCGGUAUUGGCUUGCUUUUGAUCAACUUCACGAGGGUCAAGGUAAGUUUGGUGAAUAGGAGGCACACCCUGGCGGUUAGAUGA